CGCAGGCUGCGUGUCAGUGCAGUCGACUUACAGCGGGCUGUGAGGAGAACUGGCGCCACCCUUUUGUCCCUAAAUACAACUCUUUUCGUACGCUAAAACUCCUUAAAGUUCCUUUAAACUCGCUCUAGAGUACUUCCGCUCGCUAGGCGCUCGAGGAGGCCGGGUUAAACGCCUUAUUUUCGCUCUGUUUGAAGUUAAAGGCUGGGCCUUUACUCGCGCUCCUGACGAGAGAAAAAGAGAAGCGGCUCUCUCUGCGAUUAAAAGUCCAUAAAUGCUUUUUACCAAAAUGGACCUGUUGAACUACCAGUACUUGGACAAGAUGAACAACAACAUCGGCAUCCUGUGCUACGAAGGUGAGGCUGCUUUGAGAGGCGAGUCCAGAAUGCCGGCCAUGUCCCUGUCCUCUGCAGUCAGCAAUCACAGGACAGGCCCCCCUCCCAUCAGCCCCAGCAAGAGAAAGCACAGCGGGGACCAAGCAGACGACGACAUCGACUGUAACAGCGAGCAUGUGGCCAAGAUGAGCCGGCUGUUUGUCGCACAGUUAGGCAAGCCUGCCAAUGGGGACUACCGCAAGGACCCCCGGGAUCGCAGCCGCAGCCCCAUAGAGCGCAUCAGCGCCUCCCCGAUGAGUCUGGUUGGUGGUCACCUGUACGCGCACAUGCCCAGCCUGGCCAUGGACCAGCCUCUCGCACUGACCAAAAACAUGGACGCCGCCCGCACUGUCGCCAUCUCUCCCACCGCCAGCCCCAUCGAGCGCCAGCAGAAUCGUCCCUCUGUGAUCACAUGUGCCCCAGCGAACAACCGAAACUGUAACCUCACCCACUGCACGGUGUCUCACAACGGCUGCUCGCCCGGCCUGACUUCAAGCUACCGCAGACCCUCCAACUCGAACACGGCCUGCGACCCCGUCAUCGAGGAGCAUUUCCGCCGCAGCCUGGGGAAGAACUACAAGGAGCCCGAGCCCGUGACAAACUCGGUGUCCAUCACGGGAUCGGUGGACGACCACUUCGCCAAGGCUCUGGGCGAGACGUGGCUGCAGAUCAAGGCCAAGGGCAGCUCCUCGGCCAGCCCAGACUCCUCGCCCAACGGCCACAUGGUCAACCACAAUCACUCCCCUUCCCUCGUGUCUUGAAAAGAGGACCAGCGAACCUUCUUCCAGCCGCUUCACUCUCAAAGCAUGCAUGUUUAGCAGAGCUGACGUAUAGCUAUGUACAUAAGAACGCAAGACGAGGAGGUGCUCCUUUCACUUUCAGUUGUGCUUUUGAUUCUUCUUCUUUUGUUUGUAAGUAUGCUAGUAUACUUUUAGCUUGGCUGUUGCAUUAUGGGAAGCCCAUACUUUUUUUUGUUGUUGUUGUUGAGAUAAAGAUCAGCCAGACACUAUCGAACCAUCUGCCUCAGAUACCAAAGAAACAGCUGAUGCAAACCUUUUACCCAGAAGCCAUUCUUCCACCGCUCUCUCUCUCUCCGUCUUUCUCUUCUCUCUCUCCCGGUUGUGUCCUGAAUCUGUACGUGUAUACUUGAAACGGAAGGCCUGGACUGAUUUUGCACUAUGGAUGGAUGGACGGAUGUCAGCGUAGCGUCGCUGGGAUGCUCAGAAGGCGGUGCGGUUCGCAGGAAACCCGUUUCUUUCUCUACGGCGCUGACACGACUGGACUGUGGCAGACGUGGGCAUUCUUCUCGUUUCCAUGGGUUUUUCCCAGGCACUGUGGUUUUAGUAGAGUAGACUAAAGGUUUAAGGGUAAACUAGUGCUUAUAAGUGCAUGUUUUUAAAAUAGCUGGUAUCUAUUAUUGCGUAGACAUUUCAAUCGUAAUACUUUUAGCCUUUUCUUCAGAUUUGAGUUUAUUUUUGUCAGUAACAGUCCUAGAUAAACUUACUGCUGGUACAGUUGUACUCCAUAUUAUUAUUUUCUAUUCAAUAUUCAUUGUGGUAGCUGCCAGAUACAGAAGAGAAAUCAGCCUCCGGACAGGCCAUCUAUAUAUGAACGCUUGGUUGUGUAUGUUAUUAAUCCGUGGUACAGGAUGCUGUCGCUUUGCAUGACUGAAAAAAAAGAAAAGAAAAAGAGCCUUCGCAGCUACGGACAGGUCAACUGUAGCGUUGACAAUCUGCCGGAAAUGUCGAGCUAGAUUGGUGUGUGUGUGUGCGCGCGUGUGUUUGUCGUUCAUCUUCUUCUUCUUCUCUUAAUUGUGCGCUCGUGGCCUGUACCGAAUCAAACAUUCCUCCGACAGGGAGCGGAGACGCUUCAGCUCGUCUCACAUUCCACCGGCCCUGUUCACCUCACACACACACACACACACACACGCUUCACACUUUCUCACUUCCUGCUCGACACACGUUAUCCUACACGCUGUAGGUGAAUCACUUACUUAAAAACAAAAAAGGUUUUUAUAUAGGAAACUAUAAGACCAUCAUUACGCUGUGCGUAACGAAUGUACAGAGAAAAAUCGUAGGUAUUUUUUGAGGAACAAUUAAUUUGUUAAUGAUAUGUAGCUAUUUAAUUUUUCCCUUGUCCUUUAUUGUAAUCAUGCUUUUUUUUUUUUUUUUUUGGUAGAAAAAAAGUUGAUCUUUUUUGUUUGUAGGUUUUGUCUGUUUAAGGUUAAAGUGCAGGAACACAGUUAUUCUAUGAAAACACUGCGUUAGUGUAACAGCCACUUGUGUAUUAUUUCUGAAGGCUACUGAGUCUCGACACACUUCUGAACGGAGGCUUUCGACUGUCUCUGGAGACAAUUGAACAAACAGACUCGAGUCCCGGCGACUUGCUGAGCUCCAGUACCGUCGCUGGAGAUAGAGCUGACAGAUUUUCUAUUUGAUGUGCGCUUCCAGGAGAACGACGACACAAAACCAACAACGUUUAAAACACUUCUCACCUCGAGUGUGCUUCUUAAUGAUUUGUAAAUCUGUAUUAUACCCUCAUUUCAUGGCCUUGUUUCUCCUUGGAAUAAAACAAACUUUUGGCAGGCCAUUGUUUUGUACUUUUAAGUAGCCUCAAUGAACAAUAAAGUGCUCUUAAACCACA